AUGGAUUCUCCGAAACUCCCGCACUCUAUCUCCGCCUCCUCCUCCACUCCAUUCGCUUUCUCCGCCGUCAAACCUCACCGGAAAAACCUUCCCUCCCGUAAUUGCAUUCUCAUAAUAAUCGCCGUAUCCUCCAUCCUCCUCCUCCUCUUAACCCUCCUCCUCUACGCCACAACCUCCAAAUCCUCCCACAACCGCACCAACACACCGCACCAAUCUCCUUCCCCCGGCGAUCUUCCUCCGCCGAAAACUCCCUCUCCUCCUCCAAUCGCUCAGAUCCGCCUCGCCUGUAACGCAACCCGUUUCCCAGAUCACUGCUUCACCUCCCUCUCUAAACCGGGUCAGGUCCCACCGGAUCCUAAACCGGUUCAGAUAAUCCACUCGGCGAUUUCAGUCUCCUUCGAGAAUCUCAAAUCCGGCCAAUCGAAAAUCAAAUCGAUCCUAGACUCCUCCGCGGGGAAUCAAAACAAGACCAACAUAGCCACCAUUUGCCUCGAGAUCCUCUCCUACUCCGCGCACCGCACCGAAUCGACGGACGUCGCCGUCACGACCGGCGACAUCAAAGACGCCCGCUCGUGGAUGAGCGCAGCUCUCGCUUACCAGUACGAUUGCUGGGCAGGUCUCAAAACCGUCAACGACACCAAGCAAGUCAUCGACACGAUCACGUUCCUCGACGACCUCGUGAAACUCACCGGAAAUGCGUUGAGCAUGAUGGUCUCGUUCGACAACUUCGGCGACGAGCUCGCUUCGUGGAUCCAUCCGGCGACGGAACGAGACGGGUUUUGGGAGAAAGCUGGGCCGAGUUUGGGCUCUGCUAACUUGGGCUUUCCGUCUGGGUUAACGGAAGACGUGACGGUGUGUAAAGACGGAGGGAAAGAGUGCGGUUAUAAGACGGUGCAGGAAGCUGUCGACGCAGCGCCGGCAAGUAACGGAACUGUUAAGUUUGUGAUACGGAUUAGAGAAGGCGUGUAUGAGGAAACCGUUAGGAUUCCGUUUGAGAAAAAGAACGUCGUCUUCAUCGGAGACGGUAUGGGCAAAACGGUAAUUACAGGAUCGGCGAAUGUAGGCCAACCAGGGAUGACAACGUUCAACUCUGCAACUGUCGGAGUUUUGGGAGAUGGAUUCAUGGCGCGUGAUUUAACGAUAGAGAACACGGCAGGAGCAGACGCGCACCAAGCGGUUGCGUUUAGAUCAGACAGCGAUUUCUCAAUACUCGAUAACUGCGAGUUUCUUGGGAACCAAGACACCGUCUACGCUCACUCUCUUCGCCAGUUCUACAAACAAUGUCGAAUCCAAGGCAACGUAGACUUCAUAUUCGGUAACUCAGCUGCCGUGUUCCAAGACUGCAACAUCUUGAUCGCUUCGAAAAAUUCCAAGAUCGAGCAAGGAGGCGGCGCAAACAACGCGAUCACAGCACACGGGAGGAUCGACGCGUCGCAGUCCACGGGGUUCGUGUUCUCGAACUGUACGAUUAACGGGACAGAGGAGUACAUGAAGGAGUUUCAAGCUAAUCCUGAAGGGCAUACGAACUAUUUGGGAAGACCGUGGAAAGAGUUUUCGAGGACGGUUUUUGUGAAUUGUAAUCUUGAGUCUUUGAUUAGUCCUGAUGGAUGGUCACCUUGGAGCGGAGACUUCGCGUUAAAGACUUUGUAUUACGGUGAGUAUAAGAAUACCGGUCCGGGAUCGGUUAGAUCGAAAAGGGUUCCGUGGAGUAGUGAGAUACCGGAGAAGCAUGUUGGUGUUUACUCUGUCGCCAAUUUUAUUCAGGCUGAUGAGUGGGCUUCGACGACUGCUUGA